CGAUUUGGCUGCACUAGCUGCACGAGUUCAGAGAGUGCAGCACCAUCGUAUACGUUUUGCCAGUGCAGCGCGCGCCCUCUGCACUUUCCUCUUCUUUUUGUACAAGUGCAGGCCUAGUUCUCGACGAGUUCACGACUACGCUGCACUCACGUCGGAGCAAGUGUCAGCCAGUUCACGAUGGCGGGUGUUUGUCCUAGCGCGCAGCAGACGACGGUGGAAAUAGCUGUCGGCGGCAUUACCAAGACGGUGACGGCUGUUAUUGGCAGCGAUGGCUCCUACAUUCCGGAUGGGAAUGGAUACCUGUACGAGGGAGCAGACGGCCAACGCUACACUCUUGUAUUUCAAGCUGAGCACACACCUGCCAACCAACCAUGUGCUUCCGACGAAAGCGCUAUGGAUGCCUCUGCCUCUACCUCAGCAGAGCCACUUGCACCAAUACCUGCUUCUGCGGAAGCUGAUUCUGAACUUUGGACCGCAGCAAGAACGCGGUUUUUAAUUGACAAAUAUGUUGAACUUAAGGACCUGGUCGGCCAGAAAGGGGGAUUCAGGACAAAAAAGAUGUUGUGGACAAAGUUGGCCAACCUCCUCAACGACGAGUUUGGAGGCACCCUUUCGUUUGUCCAGGUCGAAAACAAGUGGAAAUCAUUAGAGCGCAGCUACAAAAGAGCGAAAACAAAAAAUAAUACAUCGGGGCACCACCGUGUACCGUGCGAGUAUGAGGAGGAGCUGGCCAAGGUCUUGGAAAAAGAACACCAUAUAAAACCACCAGCACUCCUCGAGACUGGAGUCUCUGCAGGAAACUCAGAUGUGGCCGCAGAGGACAUGGACUCCUCCAGGGACAUGGACUCCUCCAGGGACAUGGACUCCUCCAGGGACAUGGAGAAGGUUCCAGUCAGCAUGCCCCCCAGGAAGAGGCAGAGGACAUCAAACAAUGUCCUUGCCGAAACGCUGCUGAAAUUGGAUGCAGCCAGAGCCAAGCGCCACGAGGAGCGCAUGGCCAAGUUUGACAUGCUCAUUGAUGUCAUGCGUACAAACAAGCAAUAAACACUUGCACUUUGGUAUUUCGUGACUUGUGUAUCCCAAAUGAAAAGGAAACGUUCAAAAUACGUUUCCGCAUUUAUUCGCUUCACUUCAACUUGAACAGCACUAGAAUUCAU